ACUCAAGUACGUCCGUUAUGAAUAAUACAGUGACUGGUGCUUUCAUAGUCAUUUAUGAUUUUUCGAUGAGAUUGUAUUGAGAGAAAUCAAAUUAAUAUUAGAGUCACAUUAUAUUUAAAAAUAUGUUUUCUUAAAUUUUGACGAUCGAUUGAUUAGUAUAGCUAUUCGAGUAUCCAGGACAAGAUAACAUAUUUUCUUGUUCCAUAAUGCUUCAUGUAUGGAGUAAAUCUGUUUGAAAUUAAUUUACAUGUGUUUGGUAAGAAAACGCUGUGUAAAACCAGUAACUUUUUCUAGUUUCGUCUAUGUACUGAGUUGAACUAGACUAAACGACAACGUUUUUUAAUUAAUCCUUUCUAUUUUUUUUUUUUGGUAACAGAGUCUAAAGGUUCUUAGAAAGGCGGCAUUUUCAAUCAACUUUACACUCCACUUCCCUACUAUAAGAACUUCACAAUUCUUAAAAAUGGAAGAAUGGAAGAAGUACUUAGAAAUAAAUAUUAUAAACGAUUCAUCAGCGGUGACGGAGACUGUGCUUAGUUUAAGUCUAAAGAUACCUGUCCAAGAUGCUCAAAAUUAUUUGAAGGCAUUCUACGAAGAAAACGACCAACUUUAUCCAGUGUAUAUUAUCCAUGGGGUGCCAAAAGACCCUACUUCCUUGGUAGAUUUGGACAGCGAGUCAGACAGCCUGUCAUCAGAUUUCCUUACUCAAUAUGCUCUUGCAACAAAAGAAUCUCUCCCGGACGUAUGCAGUCAAUUCGAAGAGGGAUACAAGACUCAAAUUUAUGCUCUAUCGGCAAAUCGAGUCGUCGAUUUUGAUGAGUUACUGCCCAUCAUUUACAAUUUACGAGGAAAUGAUGCUAUAUACCAAAAAGAGCAAUGUGAAAUAUAUGGGUUCAUACAUAAUGAAAAUUCAAGACCACGAAACCUAAAAACGAAAGCGAUAUCACACUCCGCUAAAGCACCUCCUAGUGUCAAAAAGGAACCCUCCGAAGUGGAUCUGAAAAAGUCGAAGACAAGCUCUUCAAAUAUGUUCAGAAAUGUGAAACCUUCAAACUCACGGAAGAAUUCGACUGACAGUAAAGCAUCGGCAGACUCCGAGAAUAAAUCAGUGCCAGCCGGUUUCUCGAGAAAAUCUGAAUUACAAACAAAUCAGCUGAGAAAGGAGAAUGACGAUUUGAAGAGUAUCAUGGAUAUGGACGACAGUCAUGAUUCAAUUGAUGAAGCAAGAAAAUCGGCUACUUCUGCCGCUGUCAGUCACGAGGAACCAGAGAGCAUUGACAUAGAAUCAAAUAGACCGUCGACGGAUACAUCACCUGAAGCCCAAGAAACUAUAACUUCUAUAUCCAAUGGACGGAAACGUGGUAAGCGUAAAGUUACCAAUACGGUCACUACUCAUGAUGACGAAGGAUUCUUAAUUACAAAAGAAGAACAGGCUUGGGAAUCAUUUUCUGAGGACGAAAAUGAAAAACCCAAACAGGCUCCUGCUCCGAAGACUAAAGCAUCAAAUCCCCCUGUCCGUAAAAAAAGUGGACCUCAGCAGGGUGGAAAUCGCCAACAGAAAUCUAUCAUGUCCUUUUUUGGAAAGAAGUAAGGUAAUUAUUUAUCCUUUCAAUUGAGUUGUAUUCAGCUAGCGUCAAUAGAGAUAGAAAGUAAUGAGCAGAGUAGAUUAAAUUAAGAAGAUAACCAGGCUCUUGAAAUACUGUUGUUAAUAAUAAGCGUUAUCUGCAUCUUA